AUUAUAGCAUCCCUAACAAAUAAGAGGAAAAGAAAGAAGAAAAAGGCACGAAAUACAGAAGACUACCCUAUAGAGAUGCACUUUGUAAUGAAAUAAGAUUUCUUCUCAAAUUCUCAAAGAGUUUCUAUAGAGGAAAAGAAAAAAAAAAUGGGUGGCUUAGAACAACGUUUUCCUGUUCCUUACAAGAAUCUCUCAGUCGAAAUCAAGGGGAACAAAACCGAUCUAGUCGUUUGCCGUUACGACGAUCAUUUUCUUGUUAUGGCUACCCAGAUUGGAACUAUGGGAACAAUACUACAAGCAAGAAAGGAGGAAGGUUUUACGGUCCAGCCAACUUUCAAUGUGUCCGUAAUAUUUGGCAAACGAGACGAGCCAAUGCUACCGGCAAUUACCCGUCAGCUUAUCGAACACAUAAGUUCCUCGGGGUCGUCUAUGCCUUUAGUUCUUUCUCUCGGUCUCAAAGACCAUAGCAUGGACACCUUGAAGGGCAUUGUUUCGGCUGUGAUUGAGAACCGUCUCUGGUAAUGCAUCAAUGUUAAAGUUUCUCAUCUUUUUGUGCUUGGGUGCUCGAUUGUUUUCAUUCUUCACGAUUAAACUAAACCGGGCAUCAUAUAACGCAAGUCGGUCGAAUCACAGGUGAAUAUUUCAGCUUGAAACCUUAAAUGGGAAAUGAACUUGAUGUAAUUUUGUUAUUGGAAUGGUUAUGGACCCUAAAAUUAUCCUAGUUUUUGCUAACUUGGUAGACUAAGGCUGGAUUGUUAAAUAUUGGCCGUACCUCCCUCAAGGACAAUGAUGUUUGAAUUGGACCAGGUCGGACUGGUCGGGGUAUCGGUCUAGAGAAUGGUUUUGAACCAGUUAGAUUGGGAAACGAUACCGACUAAUUGAACCGGUGAUUAAAUCA